AUGGAUUUGGGUAUGGAUAUAACGUUAACUGUAAUACAUCUUAUGACCCUCCCAGACCAUUCGUCGGCACAGAUCAAGCAUCAAGAUUUCGGGACUUGUCCUCGGCCAUUUACGUUUUCUAACACAAAGAACAGGUUUUUUGUUGUUGGGUGCUGGUCUGGUGGGUUUAUUCAAGUUUAUGAUGAACAAGAUCAGGUAACUGAAACAAGCCACUGUGUAUCAAAUUUCAACACUAGGGAACAGGUGAAAGAAGGGUUAUGCAAUGGCAAUGGGUGUUGUCAGAGUGCAGUUUCGAGGGGGAUAAAGAUAUCUAGCACAGGGGUGGUAAGAAGUAACACUACCUAUUUGUCUUUCAACCCUUGCAGUUACGCUUUCCUGGGUGAUUAUGAGCAAUUCAACUUCGACGCAUCUUAUCUUCUGGAUGACCAGAGUAAAAUAAGAGACAUACCUUUCGUUCUCGAUUGGGUUUUAGGGAAUAAGACAUGUGAAGAAGCAAUAAAAGAUUCAGCCACUUAUGCUUGCCAGGAGAACACCUACUGUCAAAAUUCAGACAACAGUCCGGGAUAUCGUUGUACUUGUCUUGAAGGUUACAAGGGAAACCCCUAUCUCAAACCUGGAUGCCAAGACGUGGACGAGUGUGAGGAUCAAAACAAUAAUCCUUGCGAGGGGAUUUGCAUCAACACCAACGGCGGCUACAAUUGUACUUGUCCAACGGGAAGUGUAGGCGAUGGGAGGAAAGACGGGCGAGGUUGCACUAGCAGUAUUGUCAAGAAAGAAAACUUUCCAAUUCUCAGAGUUACUCUAGGAAUUGGUUUUGGACUAUUGUCUAUAAUUGUUGCGAGUUCUUGGUUAUACUUUAUAAUGAAGAAAAGAAAGUCAAUCAAACUGAAAGAAAAAUUCUUCAAGCAAAAUGGAGGAGAGCUAUUGAAACAACUGUCGGAGAAAUUACUAAUAAUGUAACUGAGAAGAAGAUACUUAGCUCAAAAUAAUGUUGCUGAUGUUGCUGCACAGAAAAUGUAGAGGCACGUAAACUACGCUGUCUUAAAGGAAAUAUCGCCUGCCA